AUGGGAUUGGGUACCGUGCCCGGAGUAAUGAUGUAUGUAACAUGCUCGAGCUUGAUGCUCAUAGCCAACAAGGUGGCGCUUACGGUGAUUCCGCUGCCAGGCCUGGUGUUUGCGACGCAACUACUGUUCGCAGUUGCCUUCAUACAGGCUUGCAGUGCCGUGGGCUUCCUGCGCGUGGAUGGCAUCACGUGGCACAACCUUAGGUUGAUGCUUCCAUAUGCCCUGUCGUUCGCAGCUGGAGUGUACACAAACGGAAGGAGUUUGGAGUAUUCGAACGUGGAGACUGUGAUUGUUUUCCGAGCUUGCACUCCGCUACUGGUGAGUGUGAUUGAAUGGGCCACACUGGACCGAAUGCUGCCAUCUUGGAGGUCAUCAUUUUCUCUGCUAGCGAUGAUGAUCAGUGCAGCUGGAUACAUGCUGGCCGAUGGCGAAUUCAAAUUGCGAGGACUUCGUGCGUACGGUUGGGUGACAAUAUAUAUGUUGGUCAUCACCUACUCGGUGGUGUAUGGCAAGGCAUUGACAUCAAACCUGAAUUUCAGCAGUCCCGUGUGGGGGCCCUCGUUGUACACAAACGUCCUCUCCUUUCCAUUGAUGGCGCUCCUGAGCAUCGUAAAUGAUGAGAUGUCGAAGGUGGACCGCAUAGACAUGUCGCGAGAUUCGCUUGGGGCUUUGGCGGCUUCCAGUGCAAUAGGCGUCGGAAUCAGCUGGAGCGGCUGGCACUGUACGAGGGUCCUCACAGCCACCACGUACACAAUCCUUGGGGUGCUUUGUAAGUUGGUGAGCAUUACAAUCAAUGUCUUGAUUUGGGACAAGCACGCAUCUCCACUGGGAAUUUUCUGGCUCAUUGUUUGCGUUCUGGCUGGGGCGUUAUACCAGCCGGCGCCAAUGAAAGAGCAGUUGUCAAGUGCAGGAUGCGAUCAACGUGAGCCUUCAGCCGAAAAACAUGUUUUCAUUGCUUCAGAAGAGCUGCAGCAUGUUCCCAGUGAUUCCCAUCUUGGAGAGCCUUCAGAGGAGCUAGUUUCAAAGGUUUCUGUGUAG